GGCCUAAAGUUUUCAAGACUGGAGGCCGUUUUUCUUAGUGUAAAGUGUAAGCCUAAGGCUAAACACUAAACGCUCAGUGACCAAAGGGACACUACUCUAGUAAUUUUUAUGAGAGAUUUUGAGCUUAGAAAAAAAAGUGUUUUGUAGUGUUCCAAAAUCCAAUUCUUGAUGUCGAUGGACGGAUGGUACUGGUAGAUUUCAAAAUCACAGUACCUGCGCUGAGACCCAGCAGCCAGCAUGUAUGAACCAAACUACGACAUGAAAGCUGGAGUCUAUCCAAUCAAACAACAGUUUCUUAUAGACGAACAUGUGGAGCGGGCAGGAGUACAGUUUGCUGGGGAAAUUGACGGAGUCUCCCCUCACUUAGAUAUAACAAAUAGAACAGAUGUGCUGAAAAUCAUUGACAAAGGAAAGAAACAUGGCUUCAUCCCUGGGCAUUCCACAGUUGAUUGUAUACUUAGCCUCAGUGUCUUCAACUUGAAGAUUUGUAAAAAUCUGGCUAAAAAGGAUCUUUUGCUGAGGAUCCCAAUGCACGAAAUAGCAGCUACGUGUUACAUCAAGGAUGAUAAAGAACACAUACUGGCCAUCAAAUUUGGAACAGCAGGAGCGUGUAAACUGGCGGUCAUGUACUGUGACACAAAGAUUUUAGCAGAAGAAAUCUGUAGCCUGGUUGGACAAUGCUUCAAUCUCAUCUACACGGAGGCCUUGUUUCAGCUGCUGGACAGGCCUAUACCAACUUCUGAACCAGCACUUAGCACAUCAAGUGAAGGCACAACUAUUAUACCAGACAUACCAGAUCCAUACACCCCGAGACACGAGCGAGCAAGCAGCAGAUCAGACGUGUCAAGAGCAAGUGGCAAAGAGCUUCUCGAAGAUUACAUGAACAAGCUGAAAGAAAAAUUAAACCCAGAUGAGCUGAGAAAAUUUUUGCAACACCUCAACGACUGGAAGAGAGACAACCACUUUCAUCAGUUCUGUGACGAUGUCUUGCUGUUGCUGGGUCCCGACCGGAAGCAGCUGUUGUCUGAAUUGGUGCCAUUUAUCCCAGAGUACAACUAUCCCUAUUUUAAGGAGUUCCUACAGAGAAAUGACAUCAAGGAGUUGGACAUCUCUAGUACAUUGUCCAGUUCUAGAAACAACUUGCACUACUCCACGAGGAGAUCUCUGAGUGAAGUUUCAACCACCAGCAGCAUCAGCAACAACGCAGAGAGCGGCGACGCCCUGGACCACCUCUUGGAUUUUGCUAAAGCUGAGUUUAACAGUGUGGACGUGGACCCAGAGCCUAAGUCCUACAUGCCAAGUGCAGACUACUAGCUUCUCAUGUACCAAGGGCAGACUACUAGCUUCUCAUGUAGCAAGGGCAGACUACUAGCUUCUCAUGUACCAAGGGCAGACAACUAGCAUCUCAACUCAAUAUCUUGUCUUAUCUUGUUUUAUUUUUUUCAGCAAGAAAAAAAAAUCAAAUGUGGGUGGGGUUUUUGUGUUGUUUUUUUUUAACUGUAAAAUAACCUGUAAAUAAAUAAAACUUAUUUUUA